AUGGGUCAGAGGUUUAUUGAUUUUGUUGCGUUAAAUUACCCGAAUUUCCAGCAGUCUUUUCGGUCUUUGAGCGCCGCGGUACAUGUAUUAGUUGGGAGUAACAGAACUUCCGAUGCUCAGGCUUUGAUUCUCAGGAGGAUUAGGAGGAGUGGAGCUUCCAGAACUGAGAUUGUGGAUUCAUUAGUGGAGAGCUAUGGGCAGAGGCACAGCCAGCCCGUCGAAAUAAAUCUCAAGCCUGUUGUGUAUAAAUACACUACCUUGAUUGAUGGAUUUUGUAAAGCAGGUGAAAUGGAAAAAGCCCCAGAAUUGAGGGAUUAUAUGAUCUCGAAAAUGAUAUGUCCUAACUGUAUUGCAUACAGUGCUCUAAUAAAUGGAUUCUGUAGUAAUGAUCUUCUAUCUGAUGCAUUUAGGAUGUGGAGUGAGAUGGUCGAUAAAGGAAUUCAGCCCACUAUAGUGACUCGUAACUCUCACAAAAGGCUAUUACAGAGGAAUGGUGAUUCCGGAAAGGCGAAUGAGUUUUUGAAGAAGAUGAAGUCCUAA